AACUCGAGGACAUCCAGAGGCGCUGCAGUCUAACCACCCGGAGUACCACCCUGCACUCUCUCUGCAGACAUGGAGACACAAAUGGCGCACACAGAGAAAAGGAGGAUAAAAGUGCCUGUGCGCUACGUUUUCGCGGGAGUGCGGGUGCUGAUGGUGCUGAUAAGCUCAGUGCAGGGUGGCUGCAUGAGCCUCGCCAUCACCAGCAUGGUGAAGAGCUCAUCCUCCAGUGCCACCAACACUACCAACAACGCCACGCAAAUUUCUUCCGACGUGUGUCCUGCGCCCUUGGACACGGACAAUGUCACAACUGCCAAGGAUAAGGGCGGGGACUUCGAGUGGAGCGAGUUGACGCAGAGCUAUAUAACGAACGGGCCCACUUACGGUUCCUUGUGCACCAUGAUGCUAGGCGCGUACAUCGCCCAGAGAUUGAGUCCCAAGAUGAUUAUCGCUAUCGUCACCAGUGUGUCCGUUCUGGCCACUCUGCUGACGCCUGUUCUUGCCAACUGGAACGUUUACGCCCUCAUCGUCUCGAGAAUACUUCACGGGCUGGUCAUGGGAUGUGGCAUGCCCGCCUCAGGCGAACUCGAGUCUUCGUGGUUCCCUCCUGAAGAGAGGCAGUCGCUAUCUGGAAUCAUCAUGUCUGCUAUUCACGUUGGCAGCAUUGUCUCUUCCAGCCUUACUGGAGUUCUGAUUGAAGAGUAUGGGUGGGAGUUUACGUUCUACUUGUACGGAGGGCUGUGCUCAAUGUCGCUGCUCUUGUGGGCAUUAUUCGUCUACGACACUCCGCAGAAGCACCCGAGAAUCACGGAAGAGGAGAAGGAGUACAUUGCCGCAAGAAUAAACAAAAUAACUGAUGAAAAGCUUCCUGUUCCUUGGUUACAAAUGGCCACGUCACCCCCGGUGUGGGCAUACCUAACCAUGUCUAUUUCAAUAACAUGGCUGGCGUUCAUCUUCAUGACGGAACUACCUACAUACCUGAAACGUAUGCUGCACUACAGUACAAGUAAGGCUGGUUAUAUAACAUCUUUGGCCCACGCUGCAACAGUCUCAAGUCAGAUAGUCUGUGCGACCGUAUCUCAGUGGCUGCGAAGGAAAGGCUAUAUUAGCCAACUCACAUCGUACAGGAUAUUCAAUGCUAUAGCGACCCUGGGGCCGGCUGCCACUGUGGUGGCCAUAACGCAGGUCGGCUGCGACGCCACAGCCAUCGUGGUCCUGCUGCUGAUGACCAUGCUCUUUCAUGGCUCGUUCAUAUCCGGCAGCAUGCUGAACCACAUGGACCUGGCCAUCAACUUCGUGCCAGCGCUCGUGGGUCUCAACGGCACCAUCAUCAGCGUCGUGGGCAUCCUUUCGCCAACACUCACCGCCGCAAUCAUCAACAACAAUCAAACGCUCACGGCAUGGAGCACCGUCUUCUACAUGUCUGCCGCCGUCACUGCCGUUCCUUACGUGAUAUUCUUCUUCUUCGGGUCCGUGGAAGAGCAGUCGUGGAACAAGCCCAAAACAGAAAUCAGCAAGAAGGCGUCGAAAGCGACUGCUCAAGAGAGCCAUAGACCAGAGAAAGAAAGGAGUGUCAGCAUAGACCACAAAGUGCAUAUACCUUGAUACAGAGUACGAAAUGUGUGAUCGACUUUGUGCAAUGGUUGGUACCCGGUUGUGAAUUUUUUCUGGUAGAGAAUGGCAGCUGGACACAUGAUAGAGAAUUGCAAACGGAAUUAGUAAAUUUGAGAUAGUAUGCUUGGAGAGAGAACUGUUGAAAGUGUUUGGACUUUUCCCAGCUAGCACUGCCAAUAUAAAAUGGCGAGUAUAGUUCGUUAUUUUAAUUUGGUUGUGUUUUUUUACAUCUUUAGAAGUAAUUUGUUGUUUAAUAUAAUUUAAUAUAAUAAUAUGUAAUAUAAUGAUAUUUAAUAUAUUUUAAUUAUAUAAGAUACUUUGCGAAUCGUAGUAAAACCCAGCGUUUAUAUAGACAUAUAGAAGAAAGAAAAUAUAAACUGAUAAAUUUAAGUGUAUUUUCUCUACCUAUUUUCUUUGGCUUUUCCAUUCUGGAAACCUCCGGCCAAAGCUGGGAAUAGUCGAACAAGCACGAAUUAUGUGUGGAAAGGAGGAAGAUAUGUCAUUUCAAAGCAGUAUGUUUGUUCUCGGCGAACUAAUGAUCAUAAAUGACACCAACUUGCAGAAUUUGACCUUUGAAGACUUCGUUACCGAUCAUGAGAACAAAGCGUAGUUAGUUCUUUACAUGAGUUUGUUCGUACGGAAACAUUUAUUUGUAUAACAUUAGCGACAUCAAAAGUAAAACUUAACAUUUAUUUUGUAUAAAAUACCUGUCAUAAUUAUCUUAUUAAGGAUGAUUAUCAUUGCAAACCAUCCUCCAAUUAUAUUAAUUAUAUGGUUCGUUACCCUCAAUUAGAAACAGUUAAAAAUUCUCAAUUGAACGGCCCUACACACUGUUUUUAAAAUAAAUCUGUAUCUCUGCCGAUUCUUGGAAUCACAAAGUUUAAGUCCAAGAGAUAAAACUUUAAAUAUAAUAGCUUUCGAAAUGUAAUCUAACAGUUUUGGUUAUUUGCACAAAACUAUAAUCAUUACAAAAUCAUACGGGGGAAAGAUCUGAUAUUAUAUGUAUAUCUGUGUUUAUGCCAUAAAUGUUGUUAGAAAAUUUAUUUUCAGUGUUUUCCAAGCUAGAGUGUUAGUGUUUUAAAUGUAACGAAAUUAAGUCUAAUUCAAUAAAUCUUGUUAUAAAAUAUUCUAGUUUGAAAGAGUUCUACUGGGCAAUAUUUUUAUGUCUCGUAGAAACAGCUAUAUGAGAUAUGCCAGUGCAUUAUUGGACAAGCUUGUGUGUUAUUACAAGGUUUAGGCGCUUUUUUUUUAUGUCAUUUGGCCAAUCGUUUUUAUAAGCUAGAUCUUUAAAUCGCAUAUUGUCUGUGAUUAGCUAGUAUUCUUAUUAAUAUAGGUAUUUAGGUAACUCUAUAUUUUAUAUGUUGUAAGUUAUA